CUGGUGCUGUUAGGGGAGAGGAAUUCUGAGCCUCCCGGAGUGUUUUCCUUUCUCACAGCCCCCUUCCCCACCGAACUUCCUGUGCGGCUUGGCUCGCGCGGGAAAGAUUUAUGUGUUGGGUGUGGGGAGAGUCCGCGAGGAGGCGGCGGCGGUGGUGGAAGCGGCGGUUGGUGCAGUAUGGGUGUGAUAGGUGUGCAGCUGGUGGUUACCAUGGUGAUGGCUAGUAUUAUACAGAAGAUCAUACCUCACUACUCUCUUGCAAGGUGGCUUCUCUGUAGUGGCAGUUUGCGAUGGUAUCAGCAUCCCACGGAAGAAGAAUUACGCAUUCUUGCAGGGAAGCAACAAAAGGGCAAAGGCAAGAAAGACAGGAAAUAUAAUGGUCACAUUGAAAACAAACCACUAACCAUUCCUAAGGACAUUGAUCUUCAUUUGAAAACCAAAUCUGUUACUGAAAUAGACACUUUAGCAUUACAUUACUUUCCUGAAUAUCAGUGGUUGGUGGACUUCACAGUUGCAGCUACAGUAGUGUAUUUGGUAACUGAGGCCUACUACAGCUGGAUGAAGCCCUUGCAAGAAAUGAAUAUUAGUAUCGUCUGGUGCCUGCUUGUUCUAGCUUUUGCAAUCAAAGUAUUGUUCUCAUUGACCACACACUACUUCAAAGUAGAAGAUGCUGGAGAAAGAUCACUCUGUGUGACAUUCGGCUUCUUUUUCUUUGUUAAAGCAAUGGCAAUCUUAAUAGUAACAGAAAACUAUUUAGAAUUUGGACUCGAAUCAGGCUUCUCAAAUUUUUCAGAAAGUGCUGUGCAGUUUUUUGAAAAACAAGGAUUAGAAUCACGGGGGCCUGUUUCUAAACUAACAUUCAAGCUCUUCCUGGCUGUUCUUUGUUCUCUUAUUGGUGCUUUUUUGACAUUCCCUGGAUUGCGACUGGCUCAGAUGCAUCUGGAUGCUUUGAGUUUAGCACCAGAAAAAAUCACUCAAACUCUGCUGCACAUAAACUUCCUGUCACCCCUGCUUAUGGUCUUAUUGUGGGUUAAACCCAUUACAAAGGACUAUAUAAUGAAUCCACCAUUGGGAAAAGAAACUGUGCCUUUGUAA